CCACCACAGUCAUUUCCGGUCCCCGGUCGUGAGCACACGAACAGGAAGUCAGCUACUGUCUAUGCUCCACACGUGAAAUAUUUUAGCCAAAACAGACGGCUGACACUAGAUGGAUAUCACGGAGGUUCCCGUGAGUCAGGACAACAAAGGUAAGAAAAAGAAGAAUAAGAAGGCAAAAAAGAAGAGUGUGAGUCAGGAGGGAAAUGGAGAAAGCGUCGGAGUUGAGACGAAGGAGGAGAAGAUGGAGAAGAGCGAGCCAGCCUUCCCCCCCACCUUCAGUGUGUCCGAAAUCAAGAAUAAACAGCGAAGACACCUCAUGUUCAUGAAACUCAAGCAGGAGAAAAGAAAGCAAAAGAUGCAGAUAAAGAAAAAGAAGAAAAAAGAAAGGGAAGCUUUAGGUGACAAGGCACCGCCUAAAGAGGUCCCAAAGACGAUAGAAAACCAGAGGGUGUACGACGAGACAACCGUUGACCCAGAAGACGAAGAGAUUGCAUUCGACGAGGGAACUGAUGAAUUUUCUGCCUACUUCAACGGGUUGACAAACCCCAAAGUUCUCAUCACAACAUCAGACAGACCAAGAGGGAGGACGGUGAGGUUUUGUGAGCAGCUGGCCACAGUAAUCCCAAACGCCCACGUGUACUACAGAAGAGGUUUGGCCCUGAAGAGGAUCAUUCCUCAGUGCGUCGCCAGGAACUUCACCUACCUCAUUGUCAUCAACGAGGAUCGCAAAGUGCCCAAUGGUUUGGUUCUCUGUCAUCUCCCUGACGGGCCGACUGCACACUUCAAGAUCAGUAGUGUUCGACUACGCAAGGAGAUGAAGAGAAGAGGCAAAGAUCCAACUGAACACUCCCCAGAGGUGAUCCUCAACAACUUCACCACACGCCUGGGACACAGCAUCGGCCGGCAGUUCGCUGCCCUCUUUCCACAAGACCCUCAGUUUGUGGGUCGACAGGUCGCCACCUUCCACAACCAGAGAGACUUUGUCUUUUUCAGAUUCCACAGGUACAUCUUCAAGAAUGAGAAGAAAGUUGGUAUUCAAGAGCUCGGACCUCGCUUCACCCUCAAACUCCGCUCUCUACAGAAAGGCACAUUCGACUCAAAGUUUGGCGAGUAUGAGUGGGUCCUGAAGCGCCAUGAGAUGGAUGCCUGCCGACGGAAGUUCCAGCUUUGAAUACAAAUAACCAGCUUUUUGGUCAGGCAAGGACGACCUUGUUUAUUAUCGAAGAUAUUACUGCCAUUUGUGGCUUUGCACAAAUGGACUUAAAGAUUGGAUAUCCAGAUUCUUUGUGCAAACAGUUAACCCUUGUCCUUUCAACUUGUAUUUGAUGUUCAACACCGAUGACCGAUUUUAGGAGAUCGCAUUGCUGUAGAUUCACACCUGCCCUGAAAAAGGACUUCUAUAAAGCUGCAUCUGCAAUUCUUUUUUGAAGACCAAGUGUGGGACACGAGCAUGUAGCUCAUUGCAAGGAUGUUUACCCUCUGUUAGUUGGGAGACACCAGGAAGGAGACAUGUAAUUUUCAGGUUACUGGGAUUCAUGUGGAGUGCCUCCAUCAGACCUGCGAGUGUAUGCAAAAGUUGUAUUGGCAGAUGGCUAGUUUGUAAUAAAUUAAUCUCCACAAACCGUAUAAAUGUAGCCCCGACAUAAAUCUGAGUUAUUGUCCCAUUCUGUCAUGAAUACAGACAUACACCUGUUCAUUCCUGGUCUGCAAAUGACAAGGAGCGGUGAAUUAGUGUCUGGAAAAAGGUAAAUGGUUCACAUUGCAGCUGCUUUUGUAUUUGACAGGCUUUCAAAAUAAUUAUGGAUGACUCAUUGAACACAUUUCUUAAUGUAAAUACUCAUUUUAAUAAAAACAUGUUGCAAGUUUAAAA